CAAACGAAUCCUCUUCACUACUCGUGAUCAAUUUUAUGGACACAUGUGAAAAAAUUCGCGCACCAGAAUAAAGUCAGCUCCAGCUCCAUUCAAGUAACAUUUCUAACAGAUUUGAGUACAGUGUAGGUCACAGGGGUUACAAAGAAGAAAACUAUACCAAUCCCCAAGUCUGAGGCUGUGACUCGAGCUACUGUAUAGUGACUUGUAACAUGCUAUUCCAUUGGCCAGACCACCAGAGAGUGGAACAAGGGGAAAAAAAUCAAACAUUUCAGUAAUUAACUUUAUUAAUGAGAGAAAAGAGAUCUAAAUCAAAAGGAAUUUCUAUUUGAUGUGUUAGAAAUUCAAACUUCUUUUUAUCAAAUACAAGACUUAAAGUUUUAACUGUAAAAAAUGGCAUCACCAACUUUGGAGUUGAUCUGUUGCAGAAACAGAUCUUUUUCAAAUCAAUUUGAAAAGGUUGAGCAUACUUACCAAAUUACAGCAACUGUGUCUUCGGUCUUGAGCAUUGCUGGAGCUACGUACACUCUGUUGCCUAGAAGAGUCGGCGGCAUUUUUCGCAGACGAAUGAUAGAAGGCAGGCAGCAUUCCAUCAUACAGUUAUUAGCUUUUGCGGAUUUAAUGGCAUGUUUUGGCAUAAUUUGCUUUGAGGUUUUCUUGCUUUGUAAAGGAAAUCACCUUACAAAUGAUGAUGACAAUGACUCCGACCGUGGUUUAUGUUUGUUUUUCACAGCUUGGACUCAAUAUUUUUACGUUACAACAUACUUCCUAACUGCGACUUAUGCUCUGGAUGUUUAUCUGAUGUUAAAAGGAGUACAAAGGGGUGUGCUUUCGUUUUUGGUGCCUGUUAUGUGCUUUUUGUGCCCACUUUUUCUUAUUGGUACUGGUAUUGUUGUUUUGUAUGAGCCAGCUACAGACAUGUCGUUAAAGUGUGAAGACAAACCACUGAAUUUGAUUCCGCUCUAUCUGGCCUCCUAUCUGACAAUGCUGACGGUGAUGAUCAUUAAUCCUGUUAUCUACUAUUUGUCCGUCAAAAAAGUUAACAUAAUAAUCAAAGGGACCAGAGGGCAGUACACUGACAGAGAAAGAACCUACAUAAAGGCUGUACAGAAAAAAUUUCUUCGGAUUGUGGCCGUAUUUUUUCUCUGUUGGUGGCCGAAUGUAAUCUUAGGGGCUAUCAAUUUACAAAGGUCUUUUGCUGAUGAUGUCAUAAAUCCGACCUGCGCUCCCAACGAACAUGAUUGCAAAUUGACACAUAUUCCUCUAAAAUAUACCAUGAUGAUUCUCUGGUUCUCUAUGGGUGUGUUGAAUCCUUUGCAAGCAUUUUUAAAUACAUUGGUGUAUGUUGGUUGGGGAGGGUGUUGCAAUAUUGCCUUACCGUCAUGGUGCCAGAGGCGAAGAACUCCAGAUAAUGCUAUCACCGAGUCAGAUGCGCUUGAUUACCUGGAAGCAGAAAGACAGAAUGUUGGGAAAAAUACGCUAAGGCCGAUGCAUGUUAAUGAGCAUACACCACUAGUUGAUAAAAAGCAGACACAUUAAUUGCAUUCCAAGGAAGAGUAUGGAAGAUGUUAAAACGAAAAUGUUUUUUGCAUAAUAAAUCCAAAUUUUGUGUAUAAUA